AUGGGUCAUCUUAUCACAUUAGCAACAUGUUCAUUGAACCAAUGGGCGCUGGAUUUUGAAGGAAAUCUCGAACGAAUCCUGGAGAGUAUUCGUAUCGCUAAAGAGAAGGGAGCCAAACUACGUGUAGGUCCUGAGCUCGAGGUUACUGGCUAUGGCUGUCAGGACCACUUCUUGGAAGGCGACACCUAUCUACAUUCUUGGGAAGUGUUGGCCGAGAUUAUCAAGAGCGACGAGGCAAAGGACAUGAUUUUGGAUAUUGGCAUGCCAGUGAUGCAUAAAUCUGUCAAAUACAACUGCAGAGUCAUCAUUGCAGACGGUAAAAUCGUGCUUAUUCGUCCCAAGAUUUUCUUGGCCAACGAUGGCAACUACCGCGAAAUGCGUUUCUUUACACCUUGGAUACCAAAGAAAGUGGAACACUACUAUCUGCCUCGUAUGAUCUCAAAAUUGACAAACCAGACAUUGGUGCCUUUUGGUGAUUGUGUUAUCAGUACAUUGGAUACAUGCAUCGGCUGCGAGACAUGCGAAGAGCUCUUCACACCCGCUAGUCCCCAUAUCGCCAUGGGCUUGGAUGGCGUAGAAAUUUUCACCAACAGCAGCGGAAGUCAUCACGAAUUGCGUAAACUAGACACCCGCAUCAAUCUGAUCAAAGCAGCUACAGCCAAAGUAGGCGGUAUCUAUCUCUAUGCCAACCAACAAGGCUGUGAUGGUGAUCGCUUGUAUUAUGAUGGUUGUGCCAUGGUAGUGGUGAAUGGUGAAGUCAUUGCUCAAGGUUCUCAGUUCUCCUUGAAGGAUGUCGAAGUCGUCACCGCAACAGUUGAUUUAGAGGAUGUUCGCUCGUAUCGUGCUCGUAUGGCCAGUCGUGGUAUUCAAGCUGUGAAUACAUCUGCCUAUCAGCGUGAAGAAGUCAGAAUGGCAUUGACACAUAGCUACAUUGAAGAUGAUAUCCAUGUGCGUCCUACCAAAUCCCAGCCUCCAUUUUACCACAGCCCAGAAGAAGAGAUCGCACUGGGUCCUGCUUGUUGGUUAUGGGAUUACUUGCGUCGAUCCAAGACGGCAGGUUACUUUUUGCCCCUCAGUGGCGGUAUCGACAGUUGUGCCACUGCUACGAUUGUCGCAUCCAUGUGUCGUUUGGUGGUAAAGGAGGCUGCUGAAGGCAACAGACAUGUCCUGGAAGACGCUAGACGUUUAGCUGGUGAAGACGACAGCUAUACGCCCACUGAUCCUCGUGAGUUUGCCCACCGCAUCUUUUAUACAUGCUAUAUGGGUACAGAGAACUCGAGUAACGAAACUCGCAAGCGUGCCAAGGACCUAGCAGAGGUAAUUGGCAGCUAUCACACAGACAUCAACAUGGACACUGUGGUCAAGUCCAUCCAUAGUUUAUUCACAUUGGUUACUGGUCAAUCACCCAAAUACAAGGUGCAUGGUGGAUCUGACACAGAAAACCUGGCUCUUCAAAAUAUCCAAGCUCGUCUGCGCAUGUUGCUAGCUUAUCUCUUUGCUCAAUUACUGCCUUGGUGUCGUACAAUCAAGGGAAGUUUGCUCGUUCUAGGCAGCGCCAAUGUCGACGAAAGCUUGCGAGGAUAUCUCACCAAAUACGACUGCAGUAGUGCUGAUGUCAACCCUAUUGGUGCUAUCUCCAAGCAUGAUCUCAAGCGAUUUAUUGCCUAUGCUCAAGACAAGUUCGAUAUGCCUAUUCUGGGUGAAUUUUUGGAUGCUGUUCCUACUGCAGAGUUGGAGCCCAUCACUGAAAACUAUGUACAAUCCGACGAAGCUGACAUGGGCAUGUCGUAUGAUGAUCUGUCUCGCUAUGGCCGUCUUCGUAAGAUUGAUCGUUGUGGACCCUACUCCAUGUUCUCCAAGCUGGUGCAUGAAUGGGGCGAUGAUUUGCCUCCUUCCGAAGUAGCUGUCAAGGUGAAGCGCUUCUUUUUUUACUACUCUAUCAACCGUCAUAAGCUGACUACAUUAACACCUGCGUACCACGCCGAAGCUUACAGCACAGAUGAUAACCGCUUUGAUUUAAGACCCUUCUUGUACAAUGCUUCUUGGAAGUGGCAAUUCAGCAAGAUUGACCGUCUGGCUGAAGAACUGGAGAGAAAAGAAAGCGAGCAAGCCUUGAAUAGCCAAGUAGAUUAA